AUGGAACAACCUCGUUCUCCGGGGGAAGCCCCAAGCAAAGCAAAACGGAAACCCAGUCUCCGUCGGUACCUGCGCAAGCAGGGCAUUGAAGUUCCUCCUGUCGUCCCUCGCACGCGUGACUCCGCCCUGCCGCCAAAGCGUAAACGAUCAUACCGCCGGCCGAACCGAAGAAGGGCGAACAAGAAAAAGAAGUUGGCAGCUGGCGGUGCCGCCGCCACUGACGAGGACAAUGUCCUGUCGAGUUCUGCUGCUUCUCCUGCGGCUGAGGCAACCAGUUCAAGCUCCUCGUCGCCUGUUGCCGCCUCCCCGCCUGUUGUUCUUCCCUCGCCCGCUCCUGUGUCUUCGCCUGCAGCCCCGUCUUUGCCUGUUGCCCCGUCUUCCCCUGCUGUCCCGUCUUUGCCAGCCCCAGAGCCCGCCAAACCUUCCGCUCCUCAUGUUGGCACUCAAAGCACUACAGUAGCUAAGAUAGAGGCCGCCAAUCAAUACGUUUGCGAUCCUGUGGACCCUCUGGGUCUAUUUGAUGAGCUGGAGGGACCUCUAGAAUGGCCCUCUGAAGGGCUCUUUGACUAA